AGUCAAGGAUUUGGCAUUGAAGUAACUGCAUAAAAAUGUGGCUCAGCCGUCCUGCACAGCUCCUCUGUGAUGCUUGGUCGCCGCUGAACCAGACCCCUCUGUCAGGGCCUUUAUCUACGCAUAUGGCUUGGUUUCUGUGUCUGUGUGCAUUUUUGGCUCUGGCUUUGUUAGCAGUGCACUUAAAACUCAGAUUGUCCAUGCAUGGCCCCCAGGAGCCCCCCCACCUUCCCACACUACCCCUGAUCGGCAGUUUGAUGAGCCUGCGAAGCCCACAACCUCCUCAUGUGCUUUUCAAAGGACUUCAAGGGAAAUAUGGACAGACGUACUCUCUAAAGAUGGGCUCCCAGAGUGUCAUUGUUGUCAACCAGCACAGACACGCUAGAGAAGUCCUGUUGAAGAAGGGAAAGACAUUUGCAGGGAGACCCAGAACUGUGACCACUGAUGUUCUGACCAGAAAUGGGAAAGAUAUUGCAUUUGGAGACUACAGUGCUACUUGGAGGUUCCACAGGAAAAUAGUCCACGGAGCUCUCUGCAUGUUUGGAGAGGGCUCUGCAUCCAUUGAGAAGAUCAUCUGUGCAGAGGCCCAGUCUUUGUGCUCUGUCCUGUCUGAGGCAGCAGCUGCUGGACUAGCUCUGGAUCUGUCUCCUGAACUGACUCGUGCUGUCACCAACGUCAUCUGUUCGCUCUGCUUCAACUCCUCCUACCACCGUGGAGACCCAGAGUUUGAGGCCAUGCUGGACUACAGCCAGGGCAUUGUUGACACUGUGGCAAAGGACAGCCUAGUUGACAUCUUCCCGUGGUUACAGAUGUUUCCCAAUGCAGACCUGUGCCUUCUAAAGCAGUGUGUUUCAAUCCGAGACAAACUUCUACAGAAGAAAUAUGAUGAACAUAAAGCAGAUUACAGUGACCAUGUGCAGAGAGACCUACUGGACGCUCUGCUAAGAGCCAAACGCAGCGCUGAGAACAACAACACAGCAGAGGUCAGUGCAGAAUCUGUGGGCCUCAGUGAAGACCACCUCCUCAUGACUGUGGGAGACAUCUUUGGAGCCGGAGUGGAAACCACAACCACUGUACUCAAAUGGGCUGUCACCUACCUCAUCCAUCACCCACAAGUGCAGAGACGUAUCCAGGAGGAGCUGGACAGUAAGGUGGGACGGGGGCGGUCACCCCAGCUCAGUGACAGAGGCAGUCUACCCUACCUGGAGGCCACCAUAAGGGAGGUGUUACGCAUCCGCCCUGUGGCCCCUCUUCUCAUCCCCCAUGUGGCCCUCAGUGACACCAGCAUUGGGGACUUCACUGUGAGGAAAGGAACUCGAGUCAUCAUCAACCUGUGGUCUCUGCACCAUGAUGAGAAGGAAUGGAAAAACCCUGAGCUCUUUGACCCUGGUCGGUUCUUAAACAAUGAAGGCACAAGUCUGAUCAUUCCGUCGUCCAGCUACCUGCCAUUUGGUGCAGGGGUCAGAGUCUGUCUGGGCGAGGCCUUGGCCAAGAUGGAGCUCUUCCUCUUCCUGUCUUGGAUCCUACAGCACUUCACCCUCUCUGUCCCAUCAGGCCACUCUCUGCCCAGUCUGGAAGGCAAGUUUGGUGUGGUCCUCCAGCCAGCCAAGUUCAAGGUGAACGCCACACCUAGAGCAGGGUCGGAGAGAAACAAGUGCCAGGCAUGUUAAGACAUGGCUUCAUGUUCUGGACAGCAAUUGCUCUCAGUUGCGAAAUGAACAUCCCACAGUACAUCAAUCAUGCAAUGGUGAACUUGACAUAUCAGAACAUCUCUUUGUAAUGCAUGAAAUUUAUUAUGUGUCAACUAACUGUUCCCAAAAUUAUUUAUACAUACGGUUCUGUCUGAUGCUGCGAGAAACCUGAAAUAUUGGCUAGACAAGGGCCUACUUAUCAACAUUUAACAGAACACCACAGUCUUUCAAUUCUAGAGUCGAAAACUAAAUAUAUUGAUUCUGCAGGUAAGAGUCAUAUGACCAGUGUCCAUUAAGCAGCACUGAUUCUAAGCAGCCACAUAUAUACAGUAUGAUGUACUGACAUUAUUAUUCACUCCACCUCCACAGCAAGGUAUGACAUCUGUACCUAUUCUUAAAAUAUAUUUCUUACUGUUUAUCCAUUAAAAUGACAUUGUAAAUCAUAAUAAAAGAGCUGUUGCAUGGCUGGCGUGGCUGUUUGGAGAAACAUAUUUUUUCACCAUAUACUUAAUAAUAUAACUCAUAUAUGCAACUAUUAAAAAGAAAACAUGUU